CUUUGUUUCAUCGCGCAUAUCUUUAACUUAAAAUGGCGGCUGUUGUAUGCCACUAGUGAGUGCUUAAGUAGAACACAAAGGCGUACCUCAGUAACAACUUCUCUAACCUGUUUGUUCCACUAGUAGUUUGUGCAUCAAAGUAUACACGUAUUACGGCAUUUCUGAAUGCUUGCCAGCGUCCCUGCGACGCUUAUACGCCCGCGGGGGCGCUAACUCCGUGCCGCGCAGUGAUGUUUGAACGAAAGCGCCGUAAACGGUCCCAGUGACCCCCUUGGACAUGAUUGGGGUUCUGUGCGUGUUGUGGGCAAUUCAAGGCGCUUGUGGCGCUCUUGAUGCCACUGCCAUGCCGUCUAAUGAUGGCGCUAUACUGGGGCAGUUUGGAAACCUGGAGCAGAACAUUGCGGCCGUGUUCAGCAAAGUUGCUUAUGGUUCCACCACCACCAAACGCAGUAUUCCGGACUCAGUGGCCGUACUGAGCCUGACGACUGUUCCGAGUCCUCUUCUUACCACUUUCCGAUACCGUGAGCGUGAACGCGAGAGUCAUGAUAUUGACGAUCAGGUGAUAAAUCAUAGUGCUUAUGAUCUGGAAUUGGAGAAGGACCACGCACUGCCAACAUCUGCACCUAAUGCUGACAUACUUAAAAGCAACAAUAAUCCCACGUAUCCGAAUCCUAAUAGACAUCAUAAUCAGGAUCGGCAUCGACUGCAAUCUUUGCCAAAUUCAACGGAGAAUGCGAAAAAGGGACCAACCAUGCCCAUGUUUCCGGGAGAUAUGCCCUCGUAUGCACCACCAGCAAGGUCGUUUUUCACGCCACCUUUGCCUCCAGAAUACCAAAACCCCUUCGCUGACAAGCCCACACUGCGAGGCACCAACAGCGACUUAGGCGUUAUUCACACAAGUAAUGGCUUUCAUCGACGACCCAUUCCACCACCUAGUCUCGUGCCCGGUUAUGAGCGUAUCCCUUACAGACCUCCUGAUUUGGUGCCAGCACGUCCUGAAGAAGGUGAUAUUAGCUCAGCUAAGGAUGAAACACACAUCUACGAAAUUGUUAGGAAGAAGGCACUAAAUACACCUUCCAUAAAGACUCAGGAUGGCGCAUAUGCGAACGUAACAGAGACUGGCACUCCAGGAACCAGCGCACCGUCAGUGGCAGCUGGAGUGCUCCACUUCCCAAGCAUCUCGCGCAUUCUCUCGGGCUCCAAUGGUCGGAAGGAGGAUAUCCCGGACAUUCUACUACGAACUGUCACUGUACGUCCAUCUCCUAAAAGUCCAACUGUCACUGCAGUUACGCACUAUCAGGGAAUGAAUCUCAACAAAAACCGUGAUGAAGAAAUAUCUACGGAAGCUGACACUGUGUUACAGUCGAAGAUUACUGAGACCACGACUAUCUUUGAAACUGACGAUGACACCUUUUCAACGCAUCGCAUACAAAAGUUGGUGAAUAGUGAUAGUCCGAGCACAGUGGAACCCUCUCAGGCGCCCCCAGUUCUGAGUGCAGAUCGUCAGUCGGCUCUUGUGACGUGGACAAUCGCGUGGAAUAUUCACGUGUACAUGUCGGCGAUAUUGUACACUAUUUUAGCUGUGUACAGUAUUUUCAAGAUGAUUCUCUACGACAAGCUUACACAUCUGUUCUCACAGACCUACUUCAUAGCCAUCCACAUGGUACUCAUUGCCAUUUGCUUAGGACGCAUCUUCUACCUCUGCUAUGACGCUUAUAAUAUGCAUAGCAGCUUCACGGUAUUCGUUUCAGAAUUGCUUCUGAAUUUGCCUGCUCUCAUGUUGGCCAUCACAUUUGCCACUUUAAUACUCUUCCUCCUACUAAGGAGUCUAAAUCACAAGGCGAAUAGAUAUAGUGCACUUUUACGUCCACUCACCAUUGCAGUGGGUGGUGGUGUUCACAUUGGACUAUGUAUUACACUACAUUACGUCGAGAGCUAUGGUUUGCGCUCAACGAAGAUGGCAUACGACAGACCUCAGCCUCGCGUGUUAUCACUUAUAUGUCAAAUCAUCUACAUAUUCGUUUGUCUGAGCUUAGGCACAUUCUACCUCUACAUAUAUCGCGUUUUGAAGCGUGUAUUACACACAAAGAGUCAAAACUAUAUUCACGGCUACCAGAAUUUGAGCUAUGCCAUUCACAUCACCAUCGCUACUGCACUCCUCUUCGUUCUCAUGGCUGCACUUCAGGUAUAUGGAGCAGUGAGCAUAAGCAGCGCACAGGAUCUCGACUGGCUGCAGUGGGGCUAUCAAUUCUCGCUGCGACUCAUCGAGAUAGCCAUUGUGUCACUGAUUUCAUGGGUGGCAUGCCUGAAAACGGGAGCAGCAAAGGUGGCACGUGAAAAGGCAACUGAGCAACAUAUCUCGGGCUUCGCUCUUUUUCCGUGCACGUCGAGCUCGAGUCAGGAACACUUCGAAACAGACUAUCCAGCUGUGUGCAAUGCUAAUACAAAUCUGCACACAUACACACUUCGAACGGGAAAGGCAAUCUAUGAUGACAACUUCACUGUAAAUCCGGUGGAAGACAAGGUGGAAGACGCAUCACCACCAAAGACAGAAAGCUUGCACUCCAGUGACGUCGUGGAUCACUACGAGAAUCCCAAUUUUGAAUUGCAGUCACGCAAAGAGGAAAUGUUCGAUGUUUGUUACACUGAACCUAUGGCAUAUGACUUUCAAACACUUGAGCGACCUACAAUGGAAAGACCAACUUCACGGAAUGAGUUUCGAGCGUCAAAGAACCUAAAGGUGCUUAAGGGGGCACGGCAUUACAAUCCGUACAAUUCUUUCGAACGACGACCACCUGAUGAAGGCGGCGUACGUAAGAGUGGCACUCUGGGAAACAUUGGGCACUACCAUCGACGAGGCACAAUGCAACAGCAGCGCCCUCGAUAUCCGGGCAGAUUUUUAAGAACGGAUGGGGCGCCAGACAAGAGCACUAGCGCGAAUAGCAGCGAUGAUAGUGUCAACAGUGGUAGCAUGUUGGUGGCGGAACACGGUUUUGUUCGUUUCCGUGCGCUUGACGACAUGGACGUAAAGGAUAUACGUCAAUCAUAGUACACACAUCACCUCCUCCCGCCACCUUAUUUAUAGACAUUCAGAAUAGCAGUUAAGAUUGUAGGUGAGAUUCACAUUAAAAUACUUAUAGGAUUAUACUUAAAAUUAAUUAUUAAAUGAGUAAUUUUAAGAGAAACAUGAGUUUUACUGUCCGCGAUAGAGAAAUUUUGUAUCCAACCAUGGUUUUAUCCCCUUCACAUUCAGGUUAGUGAACGAAUUAAAUCUCGUCUCUAUUAAAUAUGUCAUAGUCUUGCAAUUAAACAAAUCUAAAUUCACAUUUAAAUGAUUCUAAAUCUGGGCACAUCGAUAACAAUU